GCUGCGUGACUCUCCGCGGUGGGCAAUAUUCUACACACAGCCACUAACACCCCGGGGAUGAGGGAUUCCUCUGUUGCACAGAACAGUGUUCUCUCUCAGGGAGAAGAAGAUUGGGGAGGGAGGAAACUCUGGGGCAAGGAAUCGGAGGGAUGAGCUGAUCUGUAUAAAGUGAGACAGCGUGACCAGAGAACGAAGCUGUGGUAGCUGAGAGCGUUCAGGGAGACGAUCCUAAGCUGCGAUCAGACUCUCAGUAGGCAACAGAAAACUGCAACUUGACAAAAGAUUGCCUAGGAGGCAGGAGGAGAAACCUAAAAGGGCUUGUGUGAAUGAGCUUGUGAGCUUUGUGCUGCUGAACACCUGCGUCUGAGUGAGCAUGCAGGUGUUGGAGAACAAGUUGUCGGUGCGACGCUGCCUCACCUUCGUCACGGGGCUGGUGGAGUGUCUGUGCAUUGCCGGAGCCAUCUUUGGAUGGGCGUCUCUUGUUAUUGUGCUCAAGGCAGACGGCUACUUCAGCUCACUGUGCUUCAACACAACAGGAGACAACGACACUCAGAUAUUAGACUGCAGUGCCCAGGAUGAACAGUUCUCACUUAUUUUCACCAUCGCCACCUUCUUGAACAACUGCCUCACGCUGCCCAAUGGCUUCCUCUUUGAUCACCUCGGCACGACAGUGGCUCGACUCUAUGCAAUAUUUCUUUACACUACGGGUACCCUGAUGGUGGGAUUCUCCUCACCAGCACUGUCCUACCUGCUCUUCCCAGCUUUCUCAUUCAUAGCUGUGGGAGGCACCUUAUUUCUGAUCUCAAACAUGCAGGUUGGGAACUUGUUUGGCUCUCAUCGCUCCACCAUCAUCAACCUUUACAACGGGGCCUUUGAUUCUUCCUCAGCGCUCUUCCUCAUCAUUAAGCUGUUGCACGAGUCUGGCGUCUCCCUUCGUGCCGCCUUCCUCUUUCUGUCCGCCUGCAGCGUCCUUCAGAUCCUCAGGACGUUCUUCCUGCUGCCUAGAAACUUCAUUCCUUACCCGCUGCCUCAUCGCUAUGGAUAUGGGAUCUCUUGUGGCGCAUUAGAGGCUGUGAAAAGUGAGGGAACUGUUAACGAGGACUCCCUGCAUUCAAGCGCUGUCCCUUUCAAACAGGAGAGGACUUUCCGUGAGUGUUUGCUGUCCAGGUUCUUCAUCUUCCACCUGCUGUGGCUGUCGGUGAUGCAGUUCAGGCACUACCUGUUCAUCGGCACCCUCAACCCCAUGCUGCAGAGGCUGACAGAGGGAGAUUCCUCACUGGUGAGCCAAUACAGCAAUGCCUUUGCUUUCACCCAGCUGUGUGCCGUGCUGUGCGCUCCCUGGAACGGCCUCAUUAUGGACAGACACAGGGCCAAACCUCGGGCUCCAGGAGAGACGGAGCAGGAAGUGGACCUGCGGGCCUCUGUGCUGUCUCUGUUCCUGACGGCGCUGCAGUGCGUGCUGUUCUCCGUGUGUGCCUCCACCCCCUACCUGCCGCUUCAGUACCUCACCUUCGUCCUGCAGGUGGUGAACCGCUCCUUCCUCUACGGCGGCAUCGCGGCCUUCAUCAGCGUGGCAUUCCCAUCAUUUCACUUUGGAAAGCUCUAUGGUCUUGCCAUGUCGCUGGCUGCAUCAUUUUCUCUGCUCCAGUAUCCCUGCUUUGCUCUGAUGAAUGGAGCGCUGGGUGGAAAUCCUUUAUAUGUGAACAUCGGCUUGACGCUGCUCAACCUGCUGGCCUUCAUACAUCCCCUCUCCGUCUACCUGCACUGUCGGAAACUUGCUUCUCAGAGAGAAAAGAAGGAAACCAUCAUUUUCUCCUCCUGAAGACCACUGACACACACACACAUGUGUGUGUCUGUGUAUUUGCAACACCAAUUGUGAAUGGAAUAGGUUACAAAUGGGAUGAGGCUUAUUUACCGGAUAAUUUCACAACAACCCCAGUGGCUCGCCUCAAGAACCACCGUGUUCAUGAAAGGAGGUCUGUGAUUAACCCAGACUCAUUCGCUUGUUUGUCCCCUCUACUCCAAAGAUCACAUGAGCUUAAUCCUUCAUUCUACUGAGGUUUUAAAUUUGCCAGGUCGGGUUGACAUCAGAAAAGGACUCUUUACAGACUCUGUUCCAACUGGAAAUAAAAAAAUAAAAACAACAGCAACUAAACAUCCUCUUAUAUAACCCUUAUUGGUCAAUGUCCCAGCUUAUUAUCAUGGAAACCUUGAGGCUUUGCCAGAGAAUGAGGGGCUGUAUAUGUAGGCCCUUUAUCAAGUUCUGGGUCUGCCCCUGGUUCUCUCUGAAGUAGAAAAAGCCUCUAGUGGUGAUGUCCAAACAGUGUUCCUAUUUGAACAAUGUCACCCUGAUCUAGUUCUGGGGUUUGAGAAUCAGUCAGAGCCCUCUUCUCAAGAUCUUACAGUAAAAUGUCCUUUUAAGAACUGGAGAAAGAUGGAAUGGACUAUCCUGUCCUUGACUUUGAAAAUAUUUGGUCAAUCACUCCAACAUGCCUCACCAUAGGCAUUUCAAAAGUACCCCAUGCAACAUCUAACACGUCAGGCCAAUCGCAGUAGCCUCAAAACAACCGCCGUCCUCAGAGGGGAUCUCAUCUGGUCCUUAUUCUCAGAUGUCUGGAGCUGUUAAAUUGCGUCUGACACUUCUUAUAAAGGUGAUGAACCAACCUUUCCACAUGUCUAGGUCUGUAAAUCAGAGACCUCCAAUUUUCCAUGGAGGAUUUUUACAAGGUGUUAAGCAUUGUUUUGAGCCAAUCUUACCAAGGUCAGAAAGACUAUCCAUCCAUCCAUUGUCUAUACCAGGUACACAUAUGGUCUCAUUUCUUGUCGGUGAGGCAAUACUCCUCAAACCUGUUGCCAGGAAAUCAACAGGUAUUACUCCCAGUUUUAGAUGCCACCCAGAACCACGCUGCACCCAACCUCCUCCCCAUGCAGGCGGUGAACCCAGAUAAAGACAGCAACCCGUGUAUGUUGUUGGAAAGUGCCUUCAUGACACCUGCAACCUAAGAAUCAACCACCAACUAGAGACAAAACAUGAACAGAAUGUAGGCUAUAUUUUCAUUCUUCUCUUUUUCUUUAAUACAUUUUAUAAGUUAAUGCUUUUAGUAAGGGAUGAAAGACUUGAAUCAAUUUUUUUUUUAUCUGUCUCAUCGUUCCACCUCCCAUACUCUUCAUCGGUGCCAAGAAAAGUCGGUCACAUGGUGCUAUUAUGCUUUGUUGAGACUUUGCUAUUUCUUUGAUCUGAUAAAUUUUCUGUAACAUCUGUGACAUGACUAACGCUCCAUGUUGUUGCUUUUGUUUGUUUGUAUUUUGUGUUGUAUUACUGCAAGGCGCUGGUCCCUUUGGUGACAUAUUCCAAAAGCAGAAGGGGAAACGGAUCCUGUUCUUAAUAAAAGAAGAGCUCU